CCUCAACCGAAAGCUCAUCGGAGGACAUCGUUUUGGGAUCCAACCAGGAUAAACGGAGCGCUUGAAUAAGUUGAAAGGUGUCUCACGCCUGCCAUCGCCAUGAACGCAAUCCUCAACCAGCUGGCGCCCCAAAGCGCUUCCUUGCACCGCCAGCCAGAGCUUCUGUCCGGACCAGAAGCCACACAAAGCUUCAGCAUUCCAGCCCACGACCCUGCCGGCUUCUUGGCACAGUACACAGAUGUCGACUCUUCGAACGCUAACGCAAGGAUCAAGAUGCAGCACGGUACGACAACCCUCGCUUUUCGCUUUCAAGGUGGUAUAAUUGUUGCAGUUGAUUCGCGAGCUACAGCAGGGUCUUACAUUGCGUCUGGCUCGGUCAAAAAGGUUAUCGAGAUCAACCCCUACCUUCUCGGCACGAUGGCGGGGGGUGCGGCUGAUUGCUACUAUUGGGAGAAAUACCUCGGCACGCAAUGUCGUCUGCAUGAGCUUAGGAACAAGGAGCGGAUCUCUGUUGCAGCCGCUUCCAAGUACCUCAGCAAUCUGGUCUAUGGCUACAAGGGGAUGGGACUGAGCAUGGGCACCAUGAUUUGCGGAUGGGACAAGACGGGCCCUGCGCUAUUUUAUGUCGAUUCAGAUGGGUCGCGACUGAAGGGAGACGUCUUUUCAGUUGGCUCAGGCUCCACAUUUGCGUACGGAGUCCUUGACCAGGGUUACCAUUGGGACCUGAGUGUUGAGGAAGCCCAGGAGUUGGCUAGACGAAGCAUUUAUGCUGCAACCCACAGAGACGCGUACUCUGGUAACACUAUCAACGUAUACCACGUCAAGGAGAGUGGCUGGGAGUUCAUCGCGAACUACAAUGCCACCGAGCUUCAUUAUAAUGGGUCAGGAGACGCACCUGGCUCGACAGGCGAACCUUAUGGCUGGGACGCAAGGACACAGGACAAGUCUUCCACCAUUGAGCUUCCCAUUCCCCACCAGGGCGCAGCAUUGACCAACGAGAAAACCCUCACUGCCCAGACCCAGCCUCAGCAGGCGUGAAUAUGACGUGCCAUGUAUUUUAAACUGCACAAUAGGUGAUGUCCAUCAUAUCUCGG